AUGGGGUUCUGGAAGAGGCUCACAGAGUUCCUCUUCGUGAGCGGUGGCUUCAAUGAUCAAUUCAAAUUUACGUCUGACCAUUCGCAAAUUGCACCAGUUGAAUCAGUAGUCGACGUCUUUGAUCCUACUACUAUUGUUGAUGGCUCAUGCAAUACGCCUGAUAAUAGACAAUGCUGGACUCCAAACCUCAAUAUUGAAACCGACUAUGAGGAGGUUAUUCCAGAAGGUGUAACUAGACAGUUUUAUCUUGUGGUUGGCCAAGAUCGAAUCGCCCCUGACGGAUAUAUGGUCAACCGCUUACUGUUCAACGGGUCUUAUCCUGGACCGACCCUAGAAGGAAACUGGGGAGAUACAUUUGAAAUCACCGUUUUCAAUAACCUCAAGAACUUCAACGGAACAUCGAUCCAUUGGCAUGGUAUCCGACAAUUGAACACUAACUGGAUGGACGGUGUGUCAGGUGUAACAGAAUGCCCAAUCCCUCCGGGUGAGACCAUGACUUAUCGUUGGAAGGCCACUCAGUAUGGGACAUCUUGGUAUCACAAUGCUGAUGGAUUGUUGGGCGCAAUCAAGAUCAACGGACCAACAAGCAUGAACUACGAUGUUGAUCUCGGCCCCGUACUUAUCACAGAUCACUUCCACAAAACAGCCUUUUCCCAGGUGAUGCUUGAGUACUUAGGACGACCCCCAGCGCCAGACAGCAUCUUGAUGAAUGGCAAGGGCACAUACUACUGCUGUCCUUUGAAGGACAAUCCGAAUUGUGACGAGAACUGCGUAGGCCUCCCAAAAUUAACAGACUUCAAUUUCGAGAAAGGCAAGAAAUACAAAAUGAGUCUCGUCAAUACCGGUGUCUCAACACACAUGACCUUUUGGAUCGACAAGCACAACUUCUCUGUUGUUGCUACCGACUUUGUUCCUAUCACGCCUUAUAAUACCUCUAUUCUCAACAUCGCUAUUGGUCAACGCUAUGAUAUCAUCAUUGAGGCAAAUGCUACGCUUCAUGAUUCAGCCAACUCCAAGAGAACCAACUUUUGGAUGCAUGCGAGAGACUGCAACAAUGGAGGAGCUCGCUCGAAUCUAGGUAUUAUCCGCUACGACAAGGAUAACCAGAAGUUGCCAUGGACUCCACCUCCGGACGAGAAGCAUCUCUGCUACGGAUGUCUAGACGAAUUGGGCACCAAACUCAAACCUAUCGUCAAGAGGAAUAUCUCCAUCGCCACAAACGUCAACUAUCAGAACGAAUCCUUCAAAGUUCAUCUAGUGGGUUAUCCUGACGACACUGCAGAAAGCUCUCAGCUUCAUAAAUGGGUUCUUAAGGAUUCAUCAUUUUACCUUGAUUGGGCUGAGCCCAGUUUGAGUCUUGUCAAGGUUGCAUACGAAAAAGACUGGAAGCAUCCCAAGUGGCCCAAAGGCUACGAACCCGUCAAUCUUGAGUAUACAAACGGCAGUUGGGUGUACUUCUUGAUUGAAGGCAAGUUCAAGGAGUCUUUGCACAAUAUGCCUGGGCAUCCAAAGAUCUACAAGACACAGGCUCCUGUGGCUCAUCCGAUGCAUAUCCACGGUCAUGACUUUGUUGUUCUUGCUUCCGGUACGGAGGAGUUUGAUCCAAGUAAGGUCAAAUUACAAACAAUCAAUCCGCCUCGCCGCGAUGUGGCACUACUUCCUGUCAAUGGGUACCUCGUUGUUGCAUUCCAAAUGAACAAUCCUGGCGUUUGGCUUAUGCACUGCCAUAUCGCUUGGCAUGCCAGUGGUGGACUUGCGCUUCAGUUCGUCGAGUCACCAAGAGAGAUUGGACCGGCAUUCCAAAAGUCUGGUAUUGUACCACACUACUCGGAGCAAUGCAACAAUUGGGCUGCGUAUUACACAAUGUUUAAUAAGAAUGAGAACGCGACGCAAGAGGAUUCGGGUAUCUAA